AUGAAUGGAUUUAUAGCUGUACAUUGCGGGGCUGGCUACCACAGCGAUACUCUUAGGAAAGAAUAUCAAAGAACGUGUUAUGCUGCAUGCAGAAAAGCGGCUGAAUCACUAUCACAAGGCGGAAACGCUGUAGAUGCAGUAGAAAAAGCGAUCAUAGAACUUGAGAAUAGUCCAUUAACUAACGCUGGCUAUGGUUCAAAUUUGAGUUGGGAUGGUUUAGUAGAGUGUGAUGCUUCAAUAAUGAAUGGUCAGACCCUGCAUUUCGGUGCAUGUGGUGCAGUUUCUAAUGUUUGGAAUCCAAUAACCCUUGCCAAACAGCUGUGUAUCAAGCAAUGUGAAAACCUUUCUCUGGGGAGAGUUCCACCUUGUAUUCUAACAGGACCGGGGGCUAAGAUCUGGGCUGAAAGAAUGGGAUUACAGAUAGUUGAAGAACAAAAAAUGAUAUCUAGUCGAGCCUUUCGGAAUUUCAAACACUGUAAGAGAAAGCUUAAAAGAUAUUCCGUACAGAACGAUUUAAAGUUCAGCCCUUUAGAUACUGUUGGGGCAAUAUGUGUUGAUUCAAACGGCGUAGUAGCCUCUGGGGCUAGCUCGGGAGGUGUGUCGUUGAAGCAUGAAGGAAGAGUUGGUCAAGCGGCUUCUUUUGGUAGUGGUGUUUGGGCAGUGAUGAGUAGAGACGAAUCGAAGCCGUCAAUAGCUUCUUGCACUUCGGGAUGCGGUGAACAUCUCAUUCGGACACAAUUAGCUAAGAAUUCAGCGGAAAGUCUGUUAGAAUCUUCACCUAUUUUGGGGCUUGAUAGAUGCUUGAAGGACAAAUUUCUAAACUCACCAUUUCUCUGGGAUAUUCCUGAGAGACUGGGAGGUACACUUGCUCUCAAAUAUAACUCUUUAACUGCAGAAGGUGAACUUCUUUGGGGCCACACAACAAAAACUAUGUGCAUCGGAUACAUGUCCACCGAAGUGGCGAAACCAAAGUGUGUUAUAUCAUAUUUGCCGCCGAAAGCUGAGUGCGGUCACAAGGCCGUUGUAUCUGGAGUCCCGUUCAAAUUAACAACACAGUGUCCAGUAUUACAAUGGGAAAUUAAGACUGAACCUACAAUUAAUGGAUCUCUUUGA